AUGGGCAACCAUGACUGGUUUCCGGCCAGCCUGUUCCCAGCACAUCAGGCCUUCCUGUAUAAUGCUACAGCUGAACUCUGGAGAGACUGGAUCGGAGACAAUCAGCAGAUGGACAAUUUUAAGAAAGGUGGGUACUACACAAUUAAGAUAGUUAACGGUCUUAGGAUCGUAGGUCUGAACACAGUGUUCUACUAUACCGCGGACAGACUGACCCGUCAUUUACCUGACCCAGCUGGUCAGUUCACCUGGCUGGACGGGGUACUACAAGACGCCAGGAACGCUGGAGAGAAGGUUCAGUGGUUUUAUGAGCAGUUCAACACCAAAUUCCUCGACCUCGUCCAGAAGUACGCGGACAUCAUCCCCGGGAUGUACUUCGGCCAUGACGACGCUGAGGGACUCAAACUGUUACUGAAGAAAGACGGUACACCGGGUAUUCCGAUGUUCAUAGCGCCAUCGGUGACACCCUGA